AUGUCGGCCGCGCUGCGGCGGUCGCUCGCCCUCGGUCGGCUCGCCAACUAUUCUCUCAGCUCCCCGGCUCGAUCCAGCCUAAGAGUUGCGAGGACACUGCGCGCUAGCCCGUCUGCUGUCUGGUUGACCCAAAGACCUCGCUUCUAUUCCGAUAACAAAUCGACGGAGCCCAAUAAUGCGCCCGGCAAGCAAAACCCAAAGGGUCCGGAAGUCCAGAACUCAGCCUCGCCGGGUCCCACAGAAGGCAAGGCUCCUUCGCCAAAAGAGCUUCAAAACUGGGAAGAUGGCAGGAUCGAACUGCCCCCGGGUUGGGUCUACCUCAGUGAGAGCGAGUACAAAACCGUCAUGGAUCUUCUCAACGCACCCAAUAACGUUUCCUGGCUGCCAACGAGGCCACCAGCAGAAGCAACCGGGUUUGCCAUUAUCAGGUUCACUGGCAUCCCGAAGGAGCUCAAGGAGCUCGCUGAGCAGCACGCUGAAGGGGAGCUCGGCUUUGCGGGCACCGCCAAGCUUCUGAAAGCCAUGAACUCGAUGACCAAGCACAUCACCGACCCGAAGGUGCACGAACUGGUCCAGCGCAACCAGGGUAAAGGAUUCGAGGCCGCAUGGGACAAGGACCACGCGGCGCCGCCCAAAUCGAACGAGGGCUCCAAGGAGGAGGCCAAGGAUGACAUGUUUACUCAGAAUGCCCAGAAGAAGGCGGGCGACCAGCAAAACUCUGCGAAACCGCCCCCACCUCCCGAGGGGCCCAACAGAAACAACGACUGGAUGACGACCGUGGUUGGCACGAUUGUGGCUUACUGGCUGUACAAUUCCUUGUUUGAGGACAGCGGCCGGGAAAUCACGUGGCAGGAGCUGCGGAAGAAUUUCCUUGACAAGGGCCUGGUCGACAAGAUGAUUGUGCAGGGUGAUCGCGUGCGCGUCGAGCUCAACAAGGAAGCGACACAGUCGGCCUACCCCGACUCCCCUGCUACGCGUCCUGGCUUCUUCUACUACUUCUCGAUUGGUUCCAAGGACAGCUUCGAGAGGCAUCUUGAGGAGGCUCAGCAGGAGCUGGGUAUCCCCUCCAGCGAGAUGAUUCCGGUCAGCUAUGCUGGCACUGGCAUGGCGACGCAGCUCCUGUUUGCCUUUGGCCCCACCCUGGCCCUCGUCGGUAUGCUCAUCUGGAUCAGCCGCCGCGGCCCUGGAGGUGGUGGUGCGGGGGUUUUCGGCAUGGGCAAGAGCAAGGCCAAGCGCUUCAACCACGAGACGUCUGUCAAGAUCAAAUUCUCAGACGUCGCAGGCAUGGAUGAGGCCAAGCAGGAGAUUAUGGAGUUUGUCAGUUUCCUCAAGAAGCCAGAGAAGUUUGUCAGGCUGGGUGCCAAGAUUCCCCGCGGCGCCAUCCUGGCUGGUCCUCCCGGAACUGGUAAGACCAUGCUCGCCAAGGCGACUGCCGGCGAGUCUGGUGUUCCUUUCUUCAGUGUGAGCGGUUCCGAGUUUGUGGAGAUGUUUGUUGGUGUUGGCGCCUCCAGAGUACGUGACCUCUUUGCCAACGCCAGGAAGAGCGCCCCCUGUAUCAUCUUCAUCGAUGAGAUCGACGCCAUCGGUAAGGCUCGUGCGGAGGGCAAGAACAUUGGAGGCGGUCACGACGAGCGUGAGGCGACACUAAACCAGAUCCUCACGGAGAUGGACGGUUUCAACACAUCCGAGCAGGUUGUCGUGCUUGCUGGCACCAACCGAGUUGACAUUCUCGACAAGGCACUGAUGCGCCCUGGCCGUUUUGAUCGUCACAUCAACAUCGACAGGCCGACAAUGAAGGGCCGUCAGGACAUCUUCAAGGUCUACCUGCCCAAGAUUGUGACCAAGGAGGAUACCGAGUACCUGUCUGGCCGCCUUGCCGCGCUGACCCCUGGAUUCGCCGGUGCCGAUAUUGCCAACUGUGUCAAUGAAGCUGCCUUGAUUGCUGCGCGAACCAACGCUACAUCGGUGACUAUGCUGCACUUUGAGCAAGCCAUCGAGCGUGUCAUUGGAGGACUCGAGCGCAAGUCUCUUGUUCUCAAUCCCAUUGAGAAGCGGACUGUAGCCUACCACGAAGCGGGCCACGCCAUUUGUGGAUGGUACUUCCGCUAUGCCGAUCCUCUUCUCAAGGUGUCCAUCAUUCCCCGCGGCCAGGGAGCGCUUGGAUACGCGCAGUACCUGCCUGGUGACGCGUACUUGAUGUCUUACAACCAGCUCAUGGACCGUAUGGCCAUGACUCUGGGUGGCCGCAUCUCGGAAGAGCUGCACUUCCCCACCGUGACAACUGGGGCGAGCGACGACUUCCAGAAGGUGACGCGCAUGGCGACAGCCAUGGUCACGGAGUGGGGCAUGUCUGAGAAGGUCGGCACCAUCAACUUCCGCAAGGACGAGAACUCGUUCCUCAAGCCCUUCUCCGAGAUUACUGGCCAGACCAUCGACGAGGAGAUCAAGCGGAUAGUUGCCGAGGCGUACAAGCAGUGCAAGGACCUGCUGACGGAGAAGAAGGCCGAGGUCGGGCUGAUUGCUGAGGAGCUCCUGAAGAAGGAGGUGCUCGUGCGUGACGACAUGAUCCGGAUUCUUGGCAAGCGGCCGUUCGACGACCGUGAGGAGUUCAACAAGUACUUUGGUGGCGAGGCGAGCAAGGGCCCCAGCAGUGCACCGCCCCCGCCGCCAGGCGAGAUCACCAACGAGCCUCCGGCACCGGACGCGCCGACGCCUACGAUGUAUGAGAAGCUCGACGGCAAGGAUUUCAGGUAG